AGUAUGAAAGCAAAUUUUGGAAUGGUUCCUAUUUUCGUACACGUCUAAGUAGCAAAAAAGAAUCGUAGUGCGAGUUGUUUUGUGUAAUUUAAAUACUUUUGCGAUGCAAAAUCUGAAAGGAAGUUUAACGGUAUGUUUCUUUGUUUCCUUUUGUACGUAGCCUGUCAGUGCUAAAGGAAGUUAGCUAGCUCGAGCGACCGAUUUUUAGCUUUUAAUUGCUUCUGCUCACAAAAAGGACCAGACCUUUGUGAUUUUUAAGGUGGAUAUUCGGGAUACAACAACAGUGGCCAUGGCUAUGAUUAUGACUGUGGAUCAGUUGGAGACGAAAACAUUGUUACUUCAGGAGUCCUUGAAGACAGAAGAAAACCUGUUGGAUUAUGAAUGUGAGGAGUCCUUGAAGACAGAAGAAAACCUGUUGGAUUAUGAAUGUGAGGAUGAAAAACAUAUGUUUGAGCCUCCAAAUGACUCAGUUUGCUGUGUAAAUGAAACUGCCAGAAAGAGGAAACUAUGCCAAAACGGCUUGGACUGUCCCAGACCAUUUAAAAAGCCAGUGGUAGUGUUGACUAGACUUCCUGAAUAUAAGUGGGAGCCAGAAGUUGAUUCCAGUGAUUCAGAUUUUUCACCCUCCAACAAUACACAGAAACCUGCAAGAAUGAACAAAUGCAGUGAGAGCGACAGAACACCACCACCUGCUUCACCUCCGAGCACCAGCACCAAUGACGGACGGUUAAAAUACAAAGUCAGUUUUGAAGAAAAAGGGAAGAGUCUAGUAUCUGGACACCACGUUGCUUUUGACACCACAGCAAAGGUGGAGCAGCUGUAUGUUGGUGCCCGUGUGGUGAUUCAGUGUCAAGAUAACAAGUACCGGUUCCAGCCUGGUGUCGUAGGCGAGCUCCCCAGCAGAAAGAACCGCCUAAGGUUCUUGAUCUUUUUGGAUGAUCACACGCCGGUCUAUGUUGGGUUACCUUUAAUUCAUUUGGUUUGGAAACCUUUGGAAAACGUUGCAGAUGACAUUCCAGAGGGCCCUCACAAAGACUUCAUAGAACAUUACCUGAAUAAGUGGCCGUACCCUCAGUUAACCCAGUACAGGCUUGGACAGACCCUUAAUGCUGAAUUGAACGGAGUCCUGCAAAAGUGUGAAGUGCAGAUUAUUGACUGCAGCUUAAUGCAGGUUAUCUUUCAGGAGAGUGAACAUAAGGAGUGGAUAUACCGAGGUUCGUCACGACUGGAGCACAUGGCAAAGUUUUUGGAGAUGAAACACAGAGAACAGCUUGAGUGCGACUCUGACUGAACGUCCCCUGAUGCAGUAGCUGCAAAAAUUGAAACUAUUUUACAAUCGGACGA